UCUCUCUCUCUCUCUCUGUGACUGAUGCUAAUUUUCUUCUGCAAGUCAAUCCUCACCGUCCGAUCAAUUGCAAUCAUACCAUGAGCGACUCUCAAAGCGUUUCUUCCUCCGAUGAUUCUGGUUCUGUCGCCACCGGUCAACCGAACGUCGGGCGGAGCCGGCUAAGUGCAGCUGGUAGUAAUUCACUGUCUCCGGGUUUGGCUCUAGAGGCUACACGCCAUUGGCGGGAUGUGUUCUGGCUAGGUAUAUUUGUGUUGCAUUUGAUUGUGCUAGGUCUUACUCUUGGGGCACUGGGUUUUAAUAGAUUUAAGGAAGAGGACAGGCUUAACAUUGAUAGGUACACGACUGGAUUUCUUGAGAAUCAAGCGGGAUUAACUGAGAAUUAUUGGCCCUUGUAUGCUGUUGCCUGUGGAGUCGGGUCACUUCUUGGGUGGACUUGGUUGUUGUUGCUUGGUUCAAAAGCGAAUCAGAUGAUGAAGGUUUCUGUGCACAUAUUGACCACUUAUCUCGCUGUUAUUAGUGUGUUGUGCUUUUGGAGUGAGCAGUUCUUCUGGGGUGUUGCGUUUGCUGUUGGUGCUGCUUUGCAGUUCUUGUACGUCAUAUCGGUCGUAGACAGGUAA